AUGCCAGAUGGUGGCGGCAAGGGCUUCGUCAAGGAAGGCCGAGAGGACACCAUUUUCGUUGGUGGGCUGCGCAAGAGCACCACAGAGGACAAGGUGGCAGGGCACUUCGCGAAGUUUGGCCAGGUGACCAACGUUGAAAUCAAGAAGCAGCCCGAUGGAACUUCCCGUGGCUUUGCCUUCGUGACCUUUGCGGAGAAGGCAUCUGUUGCGAAGGUUCUGGAAGCCCACUCCAGCCACAUGAUUGACAACAAGUGGGUGGACGUGAAGCCUCAGGUAGCUGCCGUCCCAAAGAACCCGCGUGACAAUGCCCCUGCGAAGAAAGAGAAGGAGGAGGCCAAAGAUACCCAGGAAGACUAUGAGUCGGGUUUCGCCGAGAAGUAUCUGCAGGCAGCAGCUGCCAUGCAACAAGGAUCAGGCAACAGCGAAUCCUCAAGCAAAGAGGCAAAAGAUGGAGAUUCCAACCAGAUGGGAAACAUGAUGAAGGCAAUGAUGAGUAUGAUGCCCAUGAUGAUGGGCAUGAAUCCCAUGAUGAUGGGCUGUGGCAAUUGCAGCGGCGGCUGUGGUGGCGGCUGCGGUGGCGGCUGCGGAGGUUGUGGCAGUUGCGGAUGCAGUGGCGGCUGCGGAUGUGGCGGCUGCAGCGGCUGCGGAAACUGUGGCUGUGGCAGUUGCGGCGGCUGCGGUGCCUGUGGGCCCUGUGGAGCCUGCGGCUGUGCACAGGGCUGUGGGUGCCCAGGCUGUCCGUGCGGCGGCCCGUGCGGGUGCGGAGGAUGCCCGGGCUGCGGCAGCUGUGGUGGCUGCGGGUGUCCAGGCUGUGGAUGCAGUGGCGGUAGCUGUGGAAGCUGCGGCGGCUGUGGCAACUGCUGCAGUGGCUGUGGUGGCUGUGGUGGCUGCGGUGGCUGCGGUGGCUGCGGCUGCGGUGGUUGCGGUGGCUGCGGCUGUGGUUGCGGCUGCUGUCCUGGCUGUGGCGGUUGCUGUGGGGGAUGUGGUUGCGGCGGUUGUCCUUGCGCAGGAUGUGGAGGUUGUGGCGGCUGUGGCUGCAUGGGCUGCGGCAGCUGCAGUGGUGGCAGCAACGCGUGCAACAGCUGUACUGGGUGUGGAGGAUCCUGCGGCACGUCAGCUGGACCGAGUUGUGGCACUGGAGCUCCGAGCUCCGCCAGCACCGGGGCCCCGGCGCUGGAAAACGCCGAGAGCAAAUCCAAGAGCUCCGAACGCUUCCAGCCCUACUGA